GGGAAACAAAUAUUUGUAUCCAAAUACGAACAAAAAGAGGCAGUUGAAUCCAACAAGGACUCGUCUAAUAAGACCAAUAUUAAAUGGAAGAAACAAGAGGAGGCCUUGAAAGACGAAGAGAGUAUAGCAGAAUCCGGAAGAAUGUUUAUCAGAAAUCUGACGUAUACAACUACGGAGGAUGACAUCAGGAAACUGUUUGAGAAGUACGGUCCUCUGUCUGAAGUGGAUUUACCUGUGGAUAAAAUCACUAGGAAACCAAAAGGAUUUGGCACAGUAACGUUCCUGAUGCCAGAACACGCUGUGAAAGCUUACGGCGAACUGGACGGUUCUGUAUUAGAUGGUAGAAUGUUACACAUUCUUCCCGGAAAGGCGAAAGCCUCCCUGGAGAAUAUCGAUACUGAAAAUUUAACUUAUAAACAAAAGAAAGAACUGCAGACCAAGGCAACCGCGGGUUCGUCACAUAAUUGGAAUACACUGUUUCUCGGGCAGAACGCCGUGGCGGACGCUGUCGCGAGUCGCUACAACACGACGAAGGAGAAAUUACUGGAAGACGGAUCGAAUGGAAUGAGCGCCGCGGUCAAACUGGCAUUAGGAGAAACGCAACUGGCUGAAGAUACGAAGGCUUUUUUGGAGGAAAACGGCGUGUGCUUGGACGCUUUUAAUGAAGCACCAAAGAAGAGAUCGACCACCAUAAUCUUAGUGAAGAAUUUACCGGCUCAGACAAAACCGAACGAACUGCGAGAAAUGUUUGCCAAACAUGGGGAGCUGGCGCGUAUCGUAAUGCCACCAGCGGGCAUAACAGCGCUGGUAGAAUUUCUGGAGCCAUCCGAAGCACGCAAGGCUUUCCGUGCAUUAGCUUAUACGAAAUAUAAGCAUCUACCGUUGUAUCUGGAAUGGGCGCCAGAUAACAGUUUUACCACGCCCGCCUCUAAAACUAAGGCAACUAAAAAUAAUGCAACUACCAAAAAAUCAACAGAUUCCGAAGAAGUUAAAGAUGGAGCAACGGUAAAAGAACCUAAAGAAUCUAAAGAAAAUAAGAAUAAUACGCGUAAAAAGGAAGAUGACGAGCCGCCCGAACCAGAUACAAC